UUUGGAAAAACAAAUGCCGAACCGGUACUUUCAUAAUUUCACAAUAAACUUUUACAGAAUAAACAGCCGCUAUUUUUUGAAGAAACAUCAAGGAUAUUCAGCUAUAUAGCUAUAGGUAGCCAAGACGCUAGCUAGCUGUAUUCUUUGUCAUUAUGUUUUAGUACCUUUAAGAUAGACUAAAAAAAACUUUCAUUUGAUCUAUCGUGGUACCAAACGAUUUUAUUAAGAACAAGAUAAGAUUUUGCGUUGAGAAAAAAGGGUUUUGUUGUGUCAGAAAGGUUGUGAAUACACCACAAGUUUUUGGAGGGAUGGUAUGGGCAAUUUUUCUUCUCAAAAAGGAUCAGCUAGUAUCACUCGGGAUGAAAACGAACCAGUAAUUUUACAUGAUUUCCACAUUUUACGUUCAGUUGGGCGUGGAGCUUUUGGCAAGGUAUGCAUCAUACAAAAGAAAGACACAAAGCAACUCUAUGGCCUAAAGUACAUGGCGAAACGAGCGAUCAUUGAACGCGCUGCGAGUAGGAAUGUGCUGAAAGAACUUGAAAUUUUGAAGCUGCUUCAUCACUCAUUCUUAGUAAACUUAUGUUUCUCCUUCCAAGAUGAGGAUGACAUGUAUAUUGUGUUAGACUUGAUGUUAGGCGGUGAUAUCAGAUUUCAUUUAAACCAAGGACAUUUAUUUUCCGAGGAAGAAAUUGUGCUAUAUAUAUUUGAAAUUGGCUUAGCGCUUGGUUAUUUGCGGAAAAAAAGAAUAAUCCACAGGGACAUCAAACCUGAUAAUUUGCUGCUCGACAGUAAAGGACAUAUUCAUUUAACUGACUUCAAUAUUGCAACAUGGCUUCCUGAAGGAAAAAUUGCAGUAUCGAUCAGUGGAACUAGACCUUAUAUGGCACCUGAAGUAUUUGCGACAGGAGCAGGCAAAUCCGUGGGAUAUUCCUUUGAGGUAGAUUGGUGGAGUUGGGGCGUAACGUUAUGUGAAAUGAUGAAAGGGCGGAGACCGUUUACUAUUCAUCACGAUAUGACAUCAGAACAUAUUUUAAAGACGCUUUCAGAGAACACAGUGCUCAAUUUACCGCCCCCAGUUACGUCCUCCAUGUCAAAGUUUAUGAAGGAUCUGCUACAACCAAAUGUCAAGAAACGAGUCUGUUCAGUAGCGAGUUUCAAAAACUAUGCUGCGUUGAGAUCUGUUGAUAUUAGCAAGGUGGAGAAAAAGUUAAUUCCCUCCAAAUUUAAACCAAGCAAUGACAGAUUAAAUUGUGACCCUACCCAUGAGCUGGAAGAAAUGAUGAUCGAGUCAAAUCCAUUGCAUAAAAAGAAAAGAAGGAAGCGUCCUAAAACAACGUCUUCAGCCAACAAAAUAAAAGAUCCUAUUCAGCAAUCUCUUGAGAAUCUAACAAACAAAUUCACCUCGUUUCGGCGCGGAAGUAAUGUGGAUGAGGCUUCCCUCGUGAUGAGCAAUGAAACAAUUGAAAUAUUAAGUGGUCGAAAGUCCCAACAACCUAGCCCUCGUACGAUCGGUGACUCGCCUCCGAGUCAGCCACCCACGCCGCGAGUGAAAACGAGUGAUAUUCCAAGCGUACACUUAAACGACGAGCCCCUAACUCCGUCGACGAACACUCACACGUCAAGUUCUUCGCUUAAUGGAAAAAUAACUAAUGAGAAUCGGAAUCCGUGAAUAUAUUUUUCUAAUUAUUAUUAUAAUUUUAACAAGUUAAAAUUGUGUGAUCACAAGUUUGCUUCUUAUUCGUUUGCAAUAUUCGCAUCAGACUAACUAAGCGUCGCAUGCGACGAACUAUAUUUUUUUCAUUCAAGAAACUUCAGAAAUGCUCCAUGUCUCUUCAUUUUUAGCACCUUUUCUGAUAAAAUCGUUACCCUGUUUUAUAUUUCAAAAUGCUUUCUACUGAUUUAAUUUCUUGCACAUAUUUUACAAGUUAUUGCGGUUUGCAGUGCAUAGAAUCUAAGCCUUAUCUAAAUGUUCCCUAUAAACAUCGUAUAAUGAGCGAUGCUUUCAUGGAUGACUUACUGCAACUUUUCAAUGCUAUUGAUAUAUUCACAGCGUCACUGUUUUUCCCAAGCCUUUUUUUAGGCAAAUCAACCGGAAACAAAAAUGUCUGAAUUUUAUUUUUACACUUAGGUCAUGAAUUAUGAUAUUCUCAAACGCAAAAAGUGCAAAAAUCAUUAUUGAUAAUAAGCGUGUUGGGGGGCGGGGUCCUUUGUUUUGUUAAACACUUGUAAAUACAGUUUAUUAGAGAUAGAUAUUUAUAUUUUAUGAUGAAGUAAAUAUUCUGGUGUGGAAACCAUGCUUGUCCGGUGUGAAUAUCAGUUUCAAGUGUGGAAACCAGGCUAUUGUACAUUUGUAAUACUAACAACCGUUCAUUACUUUGAA